CCCAUAUCGUAUUUCCCACAUGGCGAAAAUGGGGGAGGGUCUCGGGGAGACAGGACCCGGUCAGGGUCGGCAGAAUUUGGAGCCCAUGGGGCAAGAUUUCGCCCGUUUAACGCAGCUAGUGAUAGGGGAAAAUCGUUCGCAUCAGUUGGUGCCGCCUGCGACGCCCUUCGGCGCCCAACAAGCGGUCAGAACCAAGGAAGAAUUGCUGAUACAAAACACCAUGGAGAGCUGCGGUUUCAAAACAACGUUCGCCUGCGCCGCCGGUUUUGUACUUGGAGGAGCCUUUGGUCUCUUCACCGCUGGUCUGGACCCUAACCUUGGCUUUGACCCAGCCAAACACGGCGCAGACUACCAGCCCUCGGCACGAGAGGUCCUGCGUGAGAUGGGGACCAGAGGAAAGUCCUACGCAAAGAACUUUGCUGUCAUUGGAGCCAUGUUUGCUGGAACUGAAUGUUUGAUUGAGUCGUACCGAGGAGUGAGUGACUGGAAAAAUGGGACCAUGAGUGGCUGUGUCUGUGGAGGAGUCAUCGGGUUGAGAGCUGGAAUCAAGCCAGGGAUUCUGGGCUGUGCAGGUUUUGCAGCUUUUUCCUCAGCAAUCGACUACUUCCUCAGAUAGCAAUGUUUAUGUCCGAAGCUAUUUCAUAAUACACUGUACCAUGCUUCGAUUCUUACACUAUGUGCAAAAUUGUUUUCUAUAAGUUAAUGUAUAGAUGAUAACUAUUAGAACUGCUGUUGUUUUUCUAGUAGCAUUAAACUAACAAGGAUAGAAAUAUAUGUACAUACAGUACAUAAGAAUGAUAACAUGCUAGUACUGUACUUAUUUUUAAGCAGUAUGAAGUCAAUAUGUUAGGUGUUAUUACAUUGAUAUGAUACUAGUGUAAAUGAUGAUAAUGAGCUAAUGUCUAUUCCAACAUUGUCAAGUUUUGAUUAUGUGUAUGAUAUUUACAAAAGUUGUCAAAAUUUGUAUCAUAGAGCCUAAGAGCUUGUUGCUGUUGCAUUGUCCUUUGCAGCAUUAAAGAAAAAAAAAAUAUUCAUACUUUUUGCCAGUGUUUCUGUUGUUUUAUACUCAUGAUGCAGGUUAA